UAUCAUAGAUUAAGGCUUAAUUUUGUGCUCCCCCUCAUCAUGGCUCAACCCAAUGGUGCACAAUUUGAUAACCCUCUCUCAAUCAUGGCUCAACCAAAUGGUGCACAAUAUCCCGCAAUCAUGGCUCAACCAAAUGGUGCACAAUAUGCUAACCCCUCAAUCAUGGCUCAACCAAAUGAUGCACAAUUUGUAAACCCCGCAGUCAUGACUCAAACUCAACCUAAUGCUACACAAUUUUCUUACCCCCCAAUGCCUCAACCUCAACCAAGUGGUACACAAUUUGUUCAACCCCAAGCAGUCAUUGGUCCUCAGUAUUGUGCACCUUACCCUGUAGAUCUUUCAGUUGUUAGAAAGGUCCUGACCAUAAGCGAUGGCAACUUUGUUGUCACAGACACCGGUGGCAACGUCAUAUUCAAGGUUAAAGGAGUAUUGUUUAGCAUCAAAACACGUCGUCUCAUACUUGAUGCUGCUGGAACCCCCAUUAUGACUCUUAAACCUAAGCUACUUACCGCACAUGAUAGAUGGCUUGCAUUUAGGGGUGAUAGCCUGAACGCCAGCAAUCUAAUCUUUACCGCUAAGCGAUCUUCAUUCCUCCAAUUCAAGGUCAAAUUACAUGUGUUCUUGGCAAAUAAUACACAAGAGGAUGUUUGUGACUACAAAGUUGAAGGCAGUUGGAAUGAAAAAUCUUGUACCGUUUAUCAUGGAGAAUCUUCCAAUAUUGUUGCCCAAAUGCACAAGAAGCAAACCGUUCAGAGCAUCGUGAUGGGAAAGGACAACUUUUCAGUGACAAUUUAUCCUAACAUCGAUUACGCAUUCAUAGUCGCACUUAUUGUCAUUCUAGACGAGAUUAACCAGGAGAGCAAAGAAGAAUGAGAUGAUGAAAUUCCAGUUAUAUGCCUAAAUAAAGAGUUUAAACUCUUCAAGCUUGCUGUACGGUAAGGAGUGGGGGAAAAUAGUAAUGUACAAGAAAAACAUAACCACUGAAUA